AUGGUAGGUUUAAGUAAAAAGAAAAAUGUCAAGCCAGAAAAGAUAUUAGAAGAUAUCGAAAAGCACUUAAAAAAUAUCGCGGGAAAAAAGAAAGAAAUUGAAAAAAGUUUUUCUACUAAACUCAAAGAAUUGGAAAGUCAGAGAGAAGUGAAGAUAAAUAGUUUGCGAGAAAAGACAGAAAUUGGAACUCUGCCAAGUGAACGAGAAGCAAUAAUGGAAGAGAUUCAAAACCUUAACACCUAUAACAAAACAAUUGAAAAAGGUUUCAAGGAAGGAAAAAUUGACGUGGAAAUAAUUGUGGAAUUACGAAAGGAGUUGGAAGAGUGA